AUGUAAGUACUUUAACCAAUUAACGAUCAAUAAUAACCUGUCAAAAUUACAUCAGACUACUUAUUUCAAGAGGCUCCAAUAACCAGAUGUAUUUAUCAUCCACAAUACAUACGUCAUUUUUGUAAAGAACCCUCUUGUUUGAUGCCUUUGUGUUAAGAUUGUAUUUAAGUGCAUCCACAUUAACAUUCUCGCUAUAUUGACUCAAUUGAAAGCACAUUAACUUAAGUCUACAAAGGAUAUGCGAGUAGGGCAAAUGAAAUUGCUACUCACCAAACAGGUGACAUCCUGUAAAUCAGACAAGACCUACACAAGUUGAUUGAUACUAUCGUAGAUGAUGUGUUGAAUAAAGCAGAUAAGAAUUACCACUACGAUUUGAUUGUUUAAUGGAGGAAUUUGAUAAAGAAACUGGAGAGAUUGAGAGAUCCAAAUAACUGUUUAAAGGAAACCAUACUAUAUUUUGCAGAUCAAGAUAAUUAGAAUCCUCUAUUGAAAUAUUAAGGCGUGCCUAUAUAGGUGAAUUAUGAGGCAUUGGAAUAAGCGAAGUUCCAUCUCCAUCAUCUAUUCAUGGUGACAUUGUAAGAUGGAGAAUACUUCUUUAGACCAGGAGAAAGAACAGGUGACAACCCUAUAAGAAGAGUAUCAAGAAUGAUAUAUGAUCCUGUUUUACCCACUCAUGCAGAUUACUAACCAUACAAUUAUAGUCCUCAAAGAAUGAUGAUUAAUCAACCAAUGUAGCCAAUACCUUAGCCAGUUAUUUAUCAAACUCAGGUACUUCCUCCGGUAUAAACUUAAUAACCAUCUAUUGUGUAAAUAGUUCCUUAAGUUUAACCAUAUACUCAAACUCCAAUUCAACCAUAACCAAUAUAAUAUGCAUUACCUUAACCAUAACCAUAACCUAUUGUGAUAAAUAAAACUGAAGUUCCUCAACCUUUAGUUUAUUAUCAAGAAAGCCCAAUUAAAAUGGUUUCCUCAAAAUAAGAUCCCAUAAUUUAACAAAGUACAGUACCCCAAGUAGUGAUUCAGCAACAAACACCUUAACCUCAGAUUAUUUAAUAUGUUUAACCUGUAGUUAGAGCACCAUAGCAAGUAGUUCCAACAGUUUAUACAGUUUCAAACUCUAAACCAUUUGCUCCUUUAUAAAGUGGAGAAUACUCACAUCCAUACCCUUUGGUGUAGUAGUGAUGUUAUAUGAUCAAAUUUUAAUGAUGUUAACUCA